GGCCUAUUCAUAUCGCCCUCAAAAUUACCACUGGUACUCGAUUUAAUCAAAUUCCCCGAAAUAUCGAUCUGAGCGACCGGAAUCGAUACUGUGGCGGAACUAGUGGGACUGUGGUGCACUGGUACUGCCGGGUACUCUACGAAGUUGUCUUGGAACGACAACAAGUCGUCUGUGGGCACUUCCUGGAGGUUUGACAUAAUGCCACGAACGUAUUUUUUUUUCUCUAUUGGGUUUUUAUCAUUGUUUGUUGAUUAUGAAUAAAUAGGAUUUGCCAGGAGUUUUGUUUUGGUUGAGAUGUCACUUGAAACAGCUGAUGAAUGAUUCAGUUUUGGAAGAUAUCGACUUUUUUUUUUUGGUGCCAUCUAUGAUCAAAUAAUUUAAAGUUUCUGUGAGCUCAAGUACCUAUUAGUCCAAGGUCAUAUGUACUCAAUGAGGAAUAAAAUUGAAUUUGGUACCACAUUAAAGCCAGUACAAUACCCAUGUUGACACUGUUACGCAUUAAACCAAAUCAUGUGAAUAAGUUUUGGGAUUAAUUUUUGAAGUUGUGAAAGAAUAAUCUUCAAUCCAAUUAUGGGCCUUUACGUCAAAUUGACAUUAAUGUCAGUGGCGUCGCUAGUGGCAGCAGUGGGAGCCUACAUUUACCAAAAGAAAAAGGAAGAAAUUGUCCCGUGGUCUUGGGAAGAAGUGGGAAAACUAACCAAACUCAACUUGUUUCCCCUAAAAAGCGGUCACCGAAUCGAACUCACUUCGGCCGAAUGCACCGAGUUUGGCCUACGUCAAAUUCCCAGCAAUGAUGUCAAUUUUCAAUUAAGAGAUAGGUGUCUAGUAGUCUAUGGCGAAAAAGACCACGAAUUCCGAUCGGCCCGAACUUAUCCGAAAAUGGUGCUAAUUGACGUAUCGGUGCACGACAACGAGUAUUUGGCCGUGGACGCGCCUACUAUGCGAACUUUGUACGUCAAAAUACCGAGCAAGGAUCAAGAGUCGUUUAUCAAGUUGCACAAAGGCGAAGAAAUCUACGCGAUUGAUUGUGGUGACGAAGCAGCCUCUUGGUUCUCGCGCUACAUUCUAGGGAAAGAUUCGGGCCUAAGGCUGGGUUUCCACGACGCCAGUCGCAGAAGGGACUUGAGCAAAACCUAUAAGAACUUGUUCGACUACUACACUAACUUGUCAAACAGCGCUGCGGGGCUCUAUUCCGAUUUGACAGCGGUGCUGUUGCUCAACCAAGCGUCGGUUAGCGAUUUGAACAAGCGUAUUGGCACUGGACAAGUGACGGUCGACAAUUUCAGGCCCAACGUCGUUGUCGAGGGUCCGAAUUUGGACGCGUACGUCGAGGACGAUUGGGAUUGGAUCAAAAUCGGCGACGUGGUUUUGAGAAAUGUCCAAGAGUGUACAAAGUGUAUAAUGACUACGAUUGAUCCGGAAAACGCUAAUAGGAGUUCGGAUAGGGAACCGUUGAAGACUUUGGAAAAAUAUCGCAUGAGCAAUGGACCGGAUAAAUCUCCGGUGAUGGGCGUCAAUUGCGAAGUCAAAGUGGGCGGCGUGAUCAAAUUGGGCGACCGCAUUUACGUGCCCAAAAAGGCGCACAAUCAUCAAUCGAAUGGAACUGUCAAACAUUAGGAAAUCAUUAUAAAUAUUGAUCUGUUUUUUUUUUAAAUAAUAAUAAUUAUAGAAUUGUUGCUGUGUAAAUAUAUUAAUUAGUUGAUCUACGAUCUACAUUUGAAUUUU